AGUUGUCAUUGUUGUCAUUCGUUCUCACUCAAGACAAGUAGCAUAGCGUAGCGAGCGACCAAAUAACGCGAUUGGUUUUAUAAUUUCGUUUUAUAGCGUUGAUCGGUAGUCCAAGCAGUAAUAUUUACCAGAAGUGGUCGGGAAGGCUGUAAUAGUAAUUUAAGCAAUGGCAGAACCAAAAACAGAAACUCCAACAAAUGAAGUUGAAGGAACCUACUCAACCCCAGCCAAUGAUCCUAAAAACAUGCAGGAAGUAACACAAUACGUCCAGUCUCUUUUGCAAAACAUGCAAGAUAAGUUCCAAAGUAUGUCAGAUCAGAUAAUCAACAGAAUAGAUGAAAUGGGCUCACGGGUUGAUGAACUUGAGAAAAAUAUCACAGAUCUUAUGACACAGGCUGGUGUUGAAAAUGAAAAGUAGAAUAUUAUCACAUUAUUUUAUCCAAAGAAAAUUUGCCACAUUCAUAGGAAUUUAAGGGCUGUACACAUUUGUAAACUUUUAUAAGCAAUUUUGUAUUAGACAGUGAAAACAAGCUAGCAAGCAGGAGGUUCGUUUUGAAAUGUGCCUUUAAUAUUUUAAUGUUUUCAUUUAUUAAUUGUAAUUCUGUUUUAUUGUAAUGAGCUAGAACAUUAUUCAUACAUAAAUUGUUAAGCUUUAAAUCACUAGAAGGAAGAAAUAACCAAUUUUUGAUAAUAUUAGCUAACACAGUAAACAAUCUGAGUCUGGUACAUGUGCUCUCAAAGGCUAUUUGUGAGGCAUAUGAUACUUCCAACUUCCAUAUUCCAUUUUUAUUUAAACUGAAUAAGAAAACAGAAUAUUCACACUAACAUUGGUACAUAUUCAAGCCUGGAGAUGCUUUUCUGGUUUGGAAAAUUACACUAGUUAGAUAAAUUCAGUAAGAAAAGUCAACAUUUUGGUUUUUGAAAAUUUUAUUGUAUUUUUGUUUCCAUUUAAAAACACAAAAAGUAUAUACACAAAAUGCCACCACAGAGGCAAAUUAUAAUACAUAUAUGAUAUUUUUGAAAGUAAUCAGAAUUAUGAUGAAAAAAUCUGCAAUCAGAUAGGAAUUGAAUCUUUAUUCAUUAAUAUUUUCAAAAAGUAUAACAAAACCAUCUAUUGUUACAAAAUUGGACAAAUUUUAUUAAAAUAAUGUAAGUUCUUUAAUGAGGGACAGGGCUCCAUAGAGCAGUAUUCUGUUUUCUUGUUCCCAUUAUUUGUCAAGUCAAUCUGUCUAAUUUUUGAGUUUGAUUUGAGAAAACACCUUUGUUAUUGUUUAUAUAUGUAGUUUUGAUUUAGUUUACCUACUGUUUAAUGAAUCAUAGUAAAAAUUCGAACUGUAUAUUUUUAUGGUACUAAUUUAAAGAAAUUCUUACAUUCAUAGCACCUGAUGUAUUACAUUACAUUAAGUCCACAAAGUAGAGUUGUCACUAUAUAGACUUGUACUUGAUUGACUAAUGCAUUGAGGUGGGCAAGGAAAUAGCACAGAAACAGAAAAUGUUUCAGAACUCAUUCUCUCUUUUGAAUAAUAAGCAUUGUAAGAAAGACUUUCAUAUACCUAUAUGCUGAUAAUUUAUUUUUAGUAUUUGCUAGGUUAGUGAACUGACUUAAAAUUCAAAUAGCUACUCUGAUGUACUUAUUUUAAGUACCUAUCAGGGUGAAGCUGGUCACAUUGCCAUUGUUAAAAUGCAUCAAUGCAUUAGUACUUAAGGCUUUAUUGAUAGAUGCCGAGAACUCAACAUAUUUAAAAGUAAUUUUCAGCAUAUUAAUAUGCAUCUCUCAUUCUGUCAUUGUAAUGUCAAGUCAUGAUAGUUUCUCAAUGGUUUUUCAAUAGUAGUUUUUAUUUCUAUGUAAAUAAGCACAUGUUAUUGAAUUUCAUGGACAUAUUGUGACUUAACAUUACUGAAAAAAUAUUAAUAUGUUCGAGAAUUGAGUGAAUGUUCACAUGCUGAACAUUACAUUUGAAUAUGUGGGUAUCAGCAAGGUAAAAUUGUUUGUCAUAUAGCUGCCAAAAACUUUUAGCACCAAGCAAAAACUUUGUACAUAGGUUAGGAAAACUGAUUGGAAGAGGUGGACAAUGGUUCGUAAUUAUUGACUUUAUUUUGUGAAUAAAGGAUGUCCUUUAGAUUAAA